AUGAUGAUGAUUUUUGUUGUCGUUACCUUUUUGGGGAGCAUCAACGUGGUAAAGGAAAUCUGUGUUCCAGCUUUCUCCUCUUGCCCAUCUGUGUGUGAGUGUCCAGUGGAGAUACCUAGGUGUGCGCCUGGUGUCAGCGUGGUUCUGGACGGUUGCGGUUGUUGCAAAGUUUGUGCCAGGCAGCUGAAUGAGGACUGCAGUCUCACCGAGCCCUGCGACCACACCAAAGGGCUGGAGUGUAACUUCGGGGCCACCUUUGCUGCUGCUACAACUCGUGGCAUCUGCCGAGCCAAGUCAGAGGGCAGACCUUGCGAGUACAACAGUAGGAUCUACCAGAACGGAGAAAGCUUCCAGCCUAACUGUAAACAUCAGUGCACAUGCAUCGAUGGUGCUGUGGGAUGUGUCCCACUGUGCCCUCAGGAGCUCUCCUUGCCCAAUCUGGGCUGUGCCAACCCGAGACUGGUCAAGGUAGCUGGCCAGUGCUGCGAAGAAUGGGUGUGUGAUGAUGGCAAGGGCACUGACAUUUUGGAGAAGAUCUUUGGCAAAGAGAAGACGCCAGAUGAACUCGAAAGAGACCUCACCAAGAAAAAUGAGCUAAUUGCCAUUGUCAAAGGAGGACUCAAGUCACUAGCUGCCUACAGACCACAAGCUGAAAUUCAAAUGUUCAGUAACCAAAAGUGCAUCAUCCAAACCACACCGUGGUCUCAGUGCUCCAAGAGCUGUGGAACAGGCAUCUCCACCAGAGUCACCAACAACAAUGAAGAGUGCAAGCUGGUUAAAGAGACUCGAAUCUGUGAAGUGCGACCAUGCACCCAGUCACCUUACUCCAGUCUCAAGAAAGGAAAGAAAUGCAGCAGAACCAAAAAGUCCAGUCAACCAGUGAAGUUCACUUAUGCUGGCUGCUCCAGCUUGAAGAAGUACAGACCCAAGUACUGUGGCGCCUGCGUGGAUGGUCGCUGCUGCAGCCCUCACGACACCAGAACCAUCCGGGUCAAGUUCCGCUGCGAGGAUGGCGAGACCUUCAACAAGAACAUCAUGAUGAUCGAGUCCUGCAAGUGCACCUACAACUGUCCCCACGCGAACGAAGCCUCCUACCCUUUCUACCGUCUCUCCAAUGAUAUCCACAAGUUUAGAGACUAA